CAGUUGUGUAAUUUUUGACUUUCCUGAAGCCUUUACUUCUCCGUUCUCUUUCUCCGUCCUUGCCUUCUCCUCUCGAAAGAUCCAAUCUUCCUCUGACUUCCUAAUUCUCUCGCAAUCCUGCUCUUCCAUCCUAUCCUCGCGCCGAUCUUACUCCUCUCUGAUCUGUGCGGGAAUGGAGUCUACAGCAGAGGAGGAGCUGGAAGAAAGGGGUUUAAUUGUUGUCCGGGCGCUUUCGGCUGUGGUGGGAGAAAUAUCUGCGAUGCAGGAGUGCAGGGGACCAUUUCGUAGGGCUUACUACGAUCUGGCGAGGCGGAUGAAGCUCCUGAGCCCGUUCUUCGACGAGCUCAGGGAUAGCAGCGAUGAGGAAUUGAUUAAGGAGAACGAGUCCCAAUCCCUCUGCGAGUUGCUCGAUGCCUUGGUUGCUGCUAAGGAGCUUCUGCGCUCCGUCAACGAUGGGAGCAAGCUCUAUCAGGCUUUGCAAGGGGACAAAUAUGCAAAACAUUUUCAGGAGGUCACAGAACAAAUAGAAAGAGCUUUAAGCAGAUUAUCUUAUGAUAAGUUUGAUAUUCCUGAAGAAGUGCAAGAGCAGAUCGAGCUUGUGCAUGCCCAGUUCCAAAGAGCAAAAGAAAAGAUGGAUUUACCUGAUCCUCAACUUUUGAAGGACAUCUCUUUGGUACGUAGUGGAGAUUACAGUGAUCAAGCUGUGCUUCAAAGGCUUUCAGAGAAAUUGCAGCUAAGAACCAUUAAUGACCUCACGAAAGAAGCUGCUGCUUUAAAUGAAAUGGUGAUUGCUUGUGGUGGAGAUCCAGACGACUGCCUGGAAGAGAUGUCAACCUUGCUCAAGAAGCUGAAAGACUCCGGAAUCAUUGAGAACCCGAUUCCAGAGAACCAUGAAAACAAAAGAAGCCCGGUGAAAUAUCGAUCACCUGUUAUCCCCGACGAUUUUCGUUGUCCUAUAUCUCUUGAACUGAUGAGGGACCCUGUCAUCGUCUCUACUGGGCAAACAUAUGAGAGAACUUGCAUUCAGAAAUGGCUGGAUGCAGGACACAAAACCUGUCCGAAGACGCAGCAGAAUCUAUCCCACACGGCUCUCACCCCAAAUUUCGUCUUAAAGAGCCUGAUAGCGCAGUGGUGUGAGGCUAAUGGUAUUGAACCUCCAAGAAAGAAUGGCAAUGGCCGUGACAAAAGGUCCGCAAGUCAUUCCGACUGUGAUCGAGCUGCUAUCAGUGCGCUGCUAGAGAAACUACGUAGCACAAACCAAGAAGUACAAAGAGCGGCUGCCGGCGAGCUUCGAUUGCUCGCGAAAAGGAAUGCUGACAACAGGGUAUGUAUUGCCGAAGCAGGUGCAAUCCCCUUGCUUGUGGAACUCCUCCAAUCACCUGAUCCGAGGACGCAGGAGCACGCAGUAACUGCACUCCUGAACCUCUCCAUUAAUGAAAGCAACAAGAGCAGCAUUGUUGCUGCUCAGGCAAUUCCAAAAAUAGUAGAAGUGCUUAAGAACGGGAGCAUGGAAGCGAGAGAAAACGCCGCUGCUACACUUUUCAGCUUAUCCGUAAUAGAUGCCAACAAGAUAACGAUCGGGGCUGCCGGAGCCAUUCCAGCCCUAAUUGAUCUCUUGUGUCAUGGAAGCCCGAGGGGCAAGAAAGAUGCAGCUACAGCCAUCUUCAACCUUUCUAUUUAUCAGGGUAACAAAGUGAGAGCGGUGAAGGCCGGCAUUGUCGUCCAUCUUCUGCGACUUUUGACUGAUCCGAGCGGAGGGAUGUUAGAUGAGGCCCUUGCCAUAAUGGCGAUAUUGGCGAGCCAUCACGAGGGGAGGCUGGCCAUUGCAGAAGCUUCACCGAUUCCAAUUUUGGUAGAGGUGAUGAGGAUCGGUUCUCCGCGGAACAGGGAGAAUUCUGCUGCAGUGUUGUAUUCACUGUGCACCGUGGAUGCGCAGCAACUGAGAAUUGCGAGGGAAGUUGGUGCAGAAGAAGCGUUGAAAGAACUCGCAGAGACUGGUACGGAUCGAGCUAAAAGGAAAGCGGGAAGCCUGCUGGAGCUUUUUCGCCGCGGUGUAGAGGUUGGAGAUGUUAGGUCGCCAUGUUUAAGCUAGUAAGAAUGAUUUAUGUGCAUUAUAUAGAAACAGAGAGUAUUUAUGUGGUGUAAACGCUUCCUUCUGUUGUAGAAUCUAUACCAAACCAUCAGCAGUUAUUUAUGAUGCAUUGUAAUCUUAUAUUUCACGAAACUUGAUUUAAAAUGAGAGCGCCCGAGUCUCUUUUGUAUUCGACAGCAAUUUUACAGUGAUAUUAGAUUGACACUUGCA